UCUUCUUCUUCUUCUACCUUUUAUUUUUCCAAUCCAAAUUCUUUCCCUAAUUAUUCAAAAGGGGAAAUUAAAAUGCUAGGAAUCAAUAAGUUUAUUUCAAUGAAGAAAUUAGCCAAGAAGGCUAAGGCAAUAACAAGUCCUACUCAUGAAUACUUUCUUAUUAAGGACAACAAUAAUGAAGAGUGGUCGCGUGCUAACCCUAAUUCCUCAAUACCAAUAGGGAGUUUAACCAUCUAUGUGGGGGUAGAACGAGAACGAUUCAUCGUUCCAACGAGCUAUCUUUCUCAUCCAUUGUUCAAGAUUUUGUUGGAGAAAACUUACAAUGAGUAUGGGUUUGAGCAAACAAGUGGAUUGGUUGUGCCAUGCAGUGUUAAUGCAUUUCAAGAAGUGGUUAAUGCUGUGGAAUGUUGCAAUGGGAAGUUUGAUUUUGGUGAGUUGGUGGAGGAGUUUUUGUAGAUAUUAUUACAUGAAUAAUUAAUUAGCAUAGGAAAUAGUAGUUGCUUUUUCUACAUCCAUAUGAUAUAUGUUUAGAGUAGCAUCUGGGUUCUACCUUCUCCUUGUCGAGUUUUGCUUCUGAUCUCUCUUUGAGUCUCUAGUUCGUUAUCUUCUACUAUCGAUCUUCUCCCUCAAUGUUUUGAAACUUUGAAUUAGAAAUUGGAUCACAUUUUUGAGUGCUUAUCAUAUAGGUUGAAGUUCUUGAACCAAGGAUAUACCGAAGAUAAAUUCAUUACGACUCUACCUCACAAAGAUAGGGUUAGUGUUGUUAUUGUUGUUGUCAUUGUUGUUAUCAUAUAUCAUGAAGAAAUGAUCGAAGGAUUCAUGAGCUAGAAGAGGUAAUUAAUUACUUCAAUGCUCAAUUUUUUUUUACCAUGAAAUUUGGUAGGGCAAGAUUUUUGUGUAAAUUGAGACUCAUUUUCUUAGUAGGUUUAGCUUCCUUUUUGUUUCCUUCCAUCAUUCAUGAGAGCUUGACGAUCACUACAAA